AGGGCGUCGCGCGAAUACUGAAGCUAUGUCUAAAAUGUUCGCGUUGGUGCGCUAUGAGAUCGACAACACGACAGCGGUUGUCUCCGCACGAAAUAUAAAAGACUUCUGCCCCGUAACCUGUGAGGAUUUUAAUCCAGACUUGUUGUAUGACGUGUUCUGGAGCGGCAACACGACUACGAAAGGCGGCUACUACCACGCUCAGAUUGUCAACAUGGCAGAAUCCGAAGAAGAACUGCGUGAUGUAGCGAAACGAACACGGAAAAGGCCGCUCUGUAGCGCAAUGCCAGCAGACUUCUCCGAGGCGCGCAAAAAGCCUCGUUCAAUAAUGAAAAAAAAGAAAGCGACAAAUGACAAAGAUGUCAACAAGCGCCAAAGAGAUUUGGAUCUGCUCCAAAAGAUAGAGCAUGAGAACCAUGACCUCGUGCCCCGCAAAAAGUACAUGGAGGUACUACGCAAGCUGCACGAAAAAACAAAAGCUCUGGAGCAGUGCCAGAAACUAAAUGAGCAGCUCCAGGAGGCACUCUGCACAAAGAUAAAGAAAGCAGAUUGCUUCCAGUGCCAGAAGGGUGGAGCAGAGGAGACUGCUCCUCUCUAUUAUGUGGACUUUGAAGGGCAGGGGGAUGCCAACGAACCAGGACUAGACCCUGCCUGGUCAAUCCUAAGUGCAAUGACAGUCGAGUGCAAUAUAAGAAAGGUAAUUUGGGAAAUUUACGUACCAAACCAUUAA